AGAAUAAACUUCUGCGCUAGAAUAAUAUUUUGUCAUUAUUAGCGCUAGAUAAAAGUUGAUUCGUUCCUCCCAAGAAAUGUGAGUUGACUUUACGCUGGCAGGCCAAAUAAUCGAAGUGCGACUUAAAGUGUUGGAGCGCUGAGGCUGAAAUUAAUAUUGUUUUAAUAUAUAUAGUGCCUCGGUCUUCAAUACUUUUUGCAUCGAACUGGCAAUGAGGCAGUGAAGUUAGUCUUCAAAUAGAAGCUUCAACUCCGCAGUCAUGCUCUUCCUUCCGGUGCUGGUUGUAGUGUUAGCUCUGACAAAUACGGGGCUCGGGGAAGAACUCCCCAUGUCUGAGUCAGAGCAGAAGUCAGAAGCAGCGGUUGGGGAAGCUGGGGAAUAUCAAGCGACGGAGGCGGAUGAGGGGUCGGGGACGGAGCCUCCCCAAGAUCUGCCUAUUGCUGAAGCCCUCGUUGGGGAAGAGGGGGAAAUUUACGACAUCUCCCCUGCAGAGGAGCUGAGGAUUGCUGCUCAGAAAGCCGGCUACAACAUCACUGGCAUGACGCUGGAUCUCGCCACGCACGCCACGGAGGAGGAGUUGGCCGAGGCGCUGCCACAGCCGCUCGCCGAGGCCCUCAUCCAGCGGCGCCGCCGUCCCGACCUGCGGGACAGACUCAUCGGCAUGACCUUCCUGGGCCAGCCUGUCCCACUGGAUCGCGUGCCUCGGCGUCCAUUCCUGUCUGAGCAUCAAAGCCAAAGACGGAGAUCCGGAGCUGGACCAAUCAGAAGAUUUCCGGCGACUUUUGCACAGAAAAGAAAUGAUUACGUCACUUCAGAGGUAGAAGGUCGACCGCGGAUUUUAAAACCGGUUCCGUUUCCGGCAAGUCGUGCCCGCAUCAUCUUCCCACCGAUGCCCGGAAGACCGGACGAACAUGCCGGAGAUUCCAAUGCAGGGCACCGGCAACAAGAAAGCAGGCCAAUGGGCUUCCAAAUUCAUGGAGCUGGCAACGCACCAAAACAAAAAUUUGUUCCGAGACCCCAAACUAUUUUCGACCGAGGACAAAACCCUCAUUUUGAUCCAAGUCAUAGGCCGAGGAAGAAACCUUUCGAGGUGUUCGAUCUUAGGGAUACCGCGAUCGUAAAUCCGAUGCUACGACCUCAGAGACCGCUGCAAGAUCUUCCCACAAUCGAAGACGAAUUUGACAAUUCUCUUGGGCCUGAUUUCGGUCCCGUUAUUUACGAAAUAGAUCACAAUAUCCAAACUAUCAUUCCGAAUUCAUUCUCAAGUUUAGAUUCUGAACAAACUUCUACUAAUAAUGUUUCUCCGUUCGCUCCCUUUCCUUCUUCAUCUUCUGGCUCCAAACUUCCACCUCCACCUUUUCGCCCGAAACAGUUUCCUCCGAGCACGCCCCUCUCGACAGGGUUCACAAAUUUCGGCAACUCCGAGAAGCCAAAACCCGAGGGAAAUUUCAAACCGGACCGGAAAAGCGAAUGCACGCAAUACACAGAAACCAUUUGUCUCGAUGCUGACAACUAUCCACACACCGAGAUUCUGGCUGCCCUGGAGGGCGACAAGGGCAGAACCAACGUCCUGAUCGCUGAAGUCCGCAACCAAAGCGCGGACAACCUCGUGGACGGCGUCACGGCUCGUCAGGAGCAGACCUACGACUACACUCACUACUUCGGCGACGGCAACAGGAGACAAGGCGCUGAGGAGCAUCGGGACUUCGGCGGGGAAGGCGGUUACCUCUGCCCCUCUGAGGUGAAGUACGCCAAGCCUAAGCGCGCCAGGAACAGCAAGGGCGAGUGGAAAUUCGUCGUCAAUAUGGAGAAAUAUACGCAGACCAUACGCAUGGAGAAGUGCAUCAAGCCAGGCGGCGCGUGCAGCUAUGUCUCGCACCACUACCGCGCUACCUGCAACCAGGUGCACAACUACCAGCGCCUGCUGUCAUGGGAGAAGAAACGGGGACUUCACAUGGACAUUUUCAAGGUACCUAGUAGCUGCACAUGCCACAUACAAGGUUACUCGUACGUCUUCCCCCCACUGGGCCAAGAUAAGCCGGGCCAGGGCCCACCACCAGACUCCCUCCUGCUGGAGACCCGCGCCUCCAACGACCUCAACAUCCCAACGCGCGUGGUCACAACUCCCGCUCACCCCAGGGACGUUAGGCUACCCAACACCAACGUCAACGCACACACACCGCCUUCUGAGAACCCCAGCCCCUCCACACCCCCUAAUGGCGGACCGUUCACCCGCCUACCCGCGCACCAGCGGCCGACCGCCAGCCAGCGGCCGACCGCCGGCCAGCGGCCGCCGCCGUUCGAGCGGCCCACGCCCUUCAGGAAGAACCGAACACGUCGGCCACCCGCGCCCGUCCCUAGCGGUGUAAGGCGUAUGGAUGUCGCCGGGUCAUUCGACUCCCGCCAAGAAACUUUCCCGCCCACCGACUUCGGCCCCAACAUGGGGGGAGGAGGGCUAGACAUGGCGCAUGAGGAAUCCCGUAUGCUGCAAGAACACCCAGGUCCUGGGGAAACUCCUGCAGGGGAUUUGCAGCAGAGUUACAGAAACAGAGCAGGUCCUGACUUGCAGAGUUCCAGAGCCAGAGGAGCGCCACGCCAGCAGAGCUCUGGAACUGGUGGAGGAGGGGUUAUGAAUUCUGAUACUAUGGGGGGUAAUCAUCAUGGAGCUGUUAAUUACGAUUACCAUCCAAUACUGCAGUUCUUUGAGAGCUACCAAAGCUAAUUAAUGGGUAAUUGAGAUUAUCUGACAGGCAUUUCAGAGCUACCACUGUUAGUACGUUGUUAGGUUUGGCUAUCCUGCAGCCCUUUUAGACUUAGUGGAGGUACAUGAUUGGUAAAAAUUAUUAUCUUACCAUUCUGUAAUUGUAAUUGUUACUUCCACUCGCAACCAUGGAGAGGUUUUGCAUAAUAAGUAAGGGAAAAAUAUUAAAAUUUGUUCUGUACAUUACAAAAAGUUCUGUAGUUGUGCGUCAAGAUAAUUUAAACUCGGUUGAUUUGUUCCCAAAACCUUUUACAGAUAUAAGUGUACAAAUUAUAAACAGGAUUUAAAUUCUAACGGAACUAAAAAUAUAAUUUUGUCCUCGGCUGAGGCAUUUUUCAGACAGCAAUGAAGAUAACAGUAUUGUUAAAUUUACGUUAUAUUCCUUUUAUAAUUGAAUUCAAAUCUGAUUGGAUAAGCUCAAAUUGUUGAAAAUAUCUCCAAGGUAAAACAGGAAUAUCUAUAAACGAAAAUGCCUGUGAACGUGUCCUUGUGUAUUAAUGGCAUUUUGCUCGUAUAUUUUUUCAACCUCUUUAUUUAGUAUCAAGGUAAAUUUCAGAAAGAAAUAAGUAAAGGAAUAUCGCUCUAUAAAUUAACCAGUUAAAAAGUCAUGCCACAGCAACGAUGGUUCAAAGGAGAUGAGUUUGAGACAACGGUCGUAACACAGGCGUGUCAUGGCCGAAAUGUCCACUAAUGAGCUUGCAAAAUCGCUCAUGAACUGCUGGUGGUUUUUUUGUUCUAUGAACUUGCUUCAUGGGCUUCACACUAGCAUCGAAUUUGGGCAAUAGUUUCAUGGUUACGUUUUGAUAGAGAAAAAUUAAAUAAUAAUCAACUAUUAUUAAUCACGAGUUCCAUAGUCAACCUCGCCAUUGAACAGCAGAAGCCAGCGCAUGGAAUUUUUGGAGGGGGUACCCUUAUAAUUGCUAGCCCUGUAGAAAUGUCUUGUUAAUCGUCGUUAAAUAUAUUAUACAUAUUUGUUGAAGUUUGUUAGUGUGAGUGUUGGAGUGUUUGAAGACUGCGCCAUAGUUAUAAAAGGGCAGUUGGGGGCAAAUCCAGAAUACUUAUCGUAUCGGGAUAUUAGCUGGACAUGGAAAUUUUCCUCAAUAGUAUAAGCAUGAGAUAUUUCAAAACCAUUACGAAGGUCGAAAUUUUUUUUUGACAAAAUUCGAAUAAAUUUUGAAAAUCUCAACCAAUUAUAAAACUUAUGUAAAGCUCUUUUUUUCUUCAAUUAAAGCAUAUUAGUGUCAUAAUUAUCAACCGUAUAUUCGAUAUGAAGUGAUUGACGUGCCCGAAGUAUUUAUAUCGCUAUAAACGCCUGGCAAGCAUGUUUCGUAUUUUAUAAUUUCCAUUUUUUUUUAUAACUUACCAAAUAAUCAGUUUAUAAUUUUAGCAAUUAAGGCUAUUUCUUUUGAUCCUGCGACGCGGCAUUAAAAUAAUAAACAAAGUAGAAGUCGAUCGUAAUUUAUUGCAUUACACUUAAUUGUUACUGGAUUUUUUUAAUAAAAAAUAUCCAUGACAACUUGUUUACGAUACUCUCAUCAAUUUUUCCUACAUAUGCUUGCAUAUCAGUCUAUUUUAUUCCAUGGAAUUCAAACCCAAAUUUGAAAAUAGACCCAACAUCAACUUUCAAAUCAAUAAAUAAAUUUUUUAUUGUAUAUGGACAAAGAAAUAUGACUUUUAACGAGCGACACAAGAGUUUAUAAAUUAAAUAAUUUAUUUAAUGUAUGAAUAAACCUUUAAUGCAUACAGAAAAAUUGAGUUACAUACGAGUUCUAAGCGAGCUAUGAUAGAUCAAUAUAAAGAGUUAGCAUAGUUUCUCAGGAAUCGAGGAAGAUCUGGGAUCAACAAAAGUAUCCUAAGCGGUACCUAGCGUUAGAAAGAAUUGUACAAGAAUUUAAAUAUAUUAAAAUUAAAGAGAAUAAGAUGCAGAGUAGAAUGAAUAAAAUGAUGCAUGUAUUCUAAAUCUCUGAAUUCAACGGUACAUAUAUACAGUACAUCAAUAUAAUGUAAAUAAAACAU